CACUCACAGGCGCACACACGUUCUGAUGGUUCUGCCAAGCCGAAGCCGUUCGCCUUGAAUCCUAAUCCUUCCUUCCUUAGCGAUGCGCCUGGGCUCCCCCUGGCAGCUGUUGUUCUCGAGGCUCCUGUGCACACUGCCGCCGAAGCUGAAGAACGUGUGCUACCGCCACCGUGCGCGUGCCCUGGUGGAGGCGCAGCGCGUGCUCACCGACUACCUCCACGGCACGCGCGCCCUCCCAUUCUUCCACUUCGACUACAUCGCCUCCCACUCCCCCUUCGCCCUCUCCGCGUUCGUGGCCCAGGUCCCCUUACCCCCGGACGCCGCCGUUGACGACCUCAGAUGCGCCCUCACCCGUUUCCUCCCCUACCACCCCGUCAACGAGUUCGAGUUCUUCUUCGAGAGCAUCGGCCUCCCGGCCUCCUCCUGCGCCGCCGCCUCCUCCUCCUCCCGCAGCAUCUUCCUUUCAGACGACGCCCCUCUCCUCGCCGCCGUUUCCGCCCUCAUCCACUUCGGCUUCCCCUGGACCAAGCUCGGCCUCCUUUACCGCGAGAAGUCCUCCAUCUUCUCAUCCGUCCCCAGCUGCCUCGUCGCCCGGCUGCGCGACCUUGAGGCCCGCGGCUUCCACCGGGUCUGCGUCAUCGGCAUCUGCCUCGCGUUCCCUACCUCGAUGACUGUUGAUGUUGAGCCCGGCGGGGAAAUUGAUCGCUUGCUCCAGGAUCUGAGAACGGUCUUUGUGGACUUCAGUCUGGCCGAAAGCGUGCCCGAGGACAAUGUUGAUGUGUUCCUUCAGAUUUGCAGGAAGAUUCGAGUGUUCUACGAUCUUGGUUCCAGCAGGGGGACAAUGGGCGAGCUGAUGGGCAUGAACCGAAGGAUUUUCUUGGAACUGGAUGAGGAAGCCAUCGCACAGAAGUUGAAGUUCUUCAUCAAGCUAGGUAUGGAGGCAGAGAAAGUUGGGCCCUUUAUUCUGGGAUGCCCAGAUAUUUUGGAUUUUGAUUUGGAAAACCCUAUCAUCGCAAUGCCAGAGUAUCUGAAACGUGUUGGAUUACCUAAUGAAGUGAUUCUGCUGUCUCAGAGGUAUCCAUAUGUCUUGGGCAAAAAUAAAUUGGGGAAUUUGCCAGGAAACAUGCGUGCCAUGAACCUGCACAAGUGGUUCUUAAGCAGGAUUUUGGAUGGGAAUCACCAUUACCUUUCAUCUUCUUUGGUUUCUGCUGCAUCACCUGAUACAGAAUUGGAGAGCAAAUUUCUACAAGGUUUGGAGAGGGUAAAAUGUGGGAGGAAGGAGUAGUCUGUGGAUAACAAGCUCAAAUUCUUGCUAGGUAUUGGACUUAGGCAGAAUAAUGCCACUGUUAGAUGCCUUUUACUGAUGUACAGCACAAGUGGCCAAUUGCAGGAGUGCUUUGAGUACUCCACGAUAUGUAAGAGGAUAAGCAUGGUUCCUAAAUUACUUAACCAAAGCAAAGAGAUGCUUUAUGAGAAGGUGAAUUUCCUUUGCAAUGACGUGGGUUGUUCCUUGGACUGCCUUGAUAGUUAUCCGGCUUUUCUUUUUUUUGAUCUGGAGAAUAGGAUCAAGCCAAGAUAUAAGAUGCUAAAAUGGCUUAAAGAACAUGGCUUGCUCAAGAAGCUUUUUUCCCCCAUUACUGUCCUUGCUAGAUCUGAGAAGAGCUUCAUGAUUAACCUCUAUAGUGUCCAUCCAGCAGCUCCUAAGCAAUGGUUGGAAUGCUUCUCCAGCUAGCACUGUUCAAGAUCUCACCUCAAUGUUGUAGAUGUAGAUUGCUGUAUUCAACUGUUAAAAGUAUCUUGGGACGCAAGUUUCAGGUUGUAACCCUGCCAACUGAUGCAGAGUGAUUCUUCAGCACUAGCAUCUCGAGACCUAGUCUUGGCUGUUGUAAUUCUAGUUAAGAUGGAAAGAUUUGCACAUGAAUCAGGGAACCUUGGUCUUUAAUGCUUCAUAUCAACUUUUAUUCACCAAAAUUUGUAAUUGACAUAUUGUCCCUGUAUAGGAUUUACUAAAAGAGGGAAAAUUGUUUUGUUGGUUGCUGGUCUCUCCUUUUAACUGAUUGUUUGUAUAGAUUUGACAAAUUCUUCUUAGCGUGAUACACUGAACUGAAAGUGGUGCUCACAUAUCACUUUGCUCCGAUUUUGUGCCUUUGUGGUCCACCUGGAGUAAAAUGUCCAAGAUUUCAUGAAUCUUAUACUUUUGUAUUUUAAUUGAUGCUGGCAACUGAAACUAUGCUUUCUUUAUUGUUAAUUUGUUAAGACUUCCCAAAUAUUCCCGUCGGUUAU